CACGUGAACGCGGCUCGUGUACGCAGCUUCCUGUAGUCGUGAGAGCUUGUAGUUCUAUUCCUCAGCAGGCUUAAUUAGCUGGCUAAGUUGCCUCCACAGCUGGAUUCAGAUCUCUAAGAGGAUUUCUUCUUCUUCUUCUUCUGGCGAGAUCAUGGCAGAUUUCUCGCUGUCAGACGCGUUAGGAGACGACACCCCGAGUCAGGCGAAGAAAACAAGCAACUUCAACCCGCCAGCCCCCGCCAACAACCCCCCCCCUCCCUCUAACCCGGGAUGGCCCGGUUCAGCCCCAGGAGCUCCCAGCCAGCCCUCCGCUCCGGGGGACUUCCCCGGCGGAUCGUCUGGCCCGGGUGCGCCCGGUCAGUUCCCGUUUUCUUCUGGUCCUGGAGCACCUGGCCAAUACCCAGGACCCCAGUCAGCACCUGGAGGGUUCCCUCCUGGUCCUGGGAUACCUGGACAAUAUCCACCUGCACCAGGAGCUCCAGGUCAGUUCCCCUCCAGCCCUGGAGCCCCGGGCCAGUUCCCUGGGCAGUUCCCCGGGCAGUACCCACCUGAAGGAGCUCCAGGACAGCUCCCUGGAGGUCCUAUGUCUUACCCAACAGGACCCUUCCCCUCCGGCCCCGGAGCCCCCCCUGGGCCUUAUCCCAACGUGCCUUACCCAGGAGGAGGCAACGGGAUGUACGGACCAGGUGGUCCAGGUGCGUUCCCCCCUCCUACCGGCCCUGGAGCGUUCCCUGCAUUCCCUGCUGGAGGCUUUCCCCCGAUCCCCUCUGGGUCAUGGGGACCACAUGCAGGGGGGGGCUUCCCUCCUGCCCCUGGCCCCUUCGGACCUGGUCCUGGGCCUAUGGAUCCGUACGGUGGAGCAGCUCCAGGAGGCAUGAUGAUGGUGCCGUACGAUCUCCCGCUGCAUGCUGGGAUUUUGCCUCGCCUUGUGAUCACGAUAGUCGGAGAGGUCGUUCCAGGUGCAGAAAGGUUCCAGGUGGACUUCAUCAGAGGGUCAGACGUCGUCUUCCACUUGAAUCCUCGAUUCCACGAGCAGACGAUCGUCAGGAACUCCAACCUGGGAGGAUGCUGGGGCCCCGAGGAGCGUGAAGGACCGUUCCCGUUUGUUCACGGACGCCGUUUUGAGCUGAAGAUCCUGGUGGAGGAGGACAGUUUCAAGGUGGCGGUGGACGGCACUCACCUGUUGGAGUACGAGCACAGAGUGGGCGGUCUGGAGGAGGUGACCCUGCUGCGGGUGACCGGAGACAUCGUUCUGCACAGCGCGUCCCCGAGCAUGAUCUGAUUGUGGCUGCACGCCGAGGUCGCACACAGACACCCCGAUGAAGUCAGCGGCGUGCAGCUCGUGCCGUCGGCUGACACAUUUAUUCCAGAGCAGAUAAAUGAAUCCAGGUCUCUAUAAUCUGUCUUUGUAGGAGAUAAUCAUGUUAAUUUAAAGCUGCUGAAGAGGAGGGAACACUACAGCGUUUAUUAUUCUCUUCUUUAUAUCUUCACAAGCCUUUGUAUGUAAUGCAUGAGCGUGUGCUGCUGCUCGCCGUCUGUCCCCCCCCGCCUUACUCCUGACCUGUUAUCAUAGAGUAUUAAACCUCCUCUCACACAAAGAGUUCAGAUUUCAUGUUGAAGUCAGACCUGAGAGAGAGGAGGGCGCCAAGUUGUUGCCAAAGAUAACAGGUGAGAAUAACAAACAAACAAACAAACAAACAAACAAAGAGUGACUGAAGGUUGAAUCAUGUAAACUCUAAACGAGCUGCCUGUUGGAAUAAUAAAUGCUAGUUUCCCUG